GCUCGAGCGGAUGAAUGGAAGAAGAACAGAUUCAAGCACACGGACAUUCUUAUGCGCCCUCACCCUGACACCAAUGAGGAUGAGGCGUUCGUGUCCGACUUCGCCUUAUGGAAAAUAGAUAAAGGACAGUUCGUAGAGUUCUAUUACUGGACCAACAACGGUCUGGAGGAGACUCUUUCUUCCCAAACCACUAGGGAUGACGAGGGCUUGAUCCCUUCAGAACAGGAUGGUUCUACUGUAUGGAUCAGCGCAGCUGCCUCUAAACCAUCCAAAAGGGUAGUACCAGAUCGGUUUUUAUCCCCAGCGGAUUUUGCUCAGGUGGUUCCACACAUCGUCGCAGCUCUCGAAGAGUGGGAUUGGCCUCAACAACGAGUUCUAAUGCUCUUGCAGUUUUGGGGUGCCAUUGUCACUCACAGAUACUGGAAUUCCAACGAUCUUGUGGCCAAACGGGCAUUGAUGAUUUACCAGGAAGAACAGCGCCAGGCCUGGCACAAUGCAGUUGCUUUAGGCACUGGUGCUUGGGAUCUUUCCAUUAUCAGCGAUGUGAUCCUUGUGCGACUCUUUGAUCGUGUACUUCAUGAAUCU